AUACAGAGCUGAUAUUCCCUCUCUCUUUGAAUUGGCGCACGGCAGUCUCGCGGUCCGUCUUGGCGGGCUUAGUCGCCCCAUUUCAAAAAGGCGGGAAAAAUCAGUGUAGUGACUAAAAAAUCAUAUCAUAGUAAAUCUAUUGAUUACCAUAAAAAUGUCACCAAAAGCGAAAUCCGGUGAGGAUGAGUGCGAUACAGAUGCUCUGAAAUCUGACACAGAGCAAGAUGACAAAGGCGGCGCGUUGGAGGCCAAAAUGUCCCUACUGAACGGCAUCACCGUGAUCGUUGGGUCCAUCAUCGGAAGCGGUAUCUUCGUAUCACCGUCUGGUGUUUUGAGAUACACGGGAUCUGUGAACGCCAGUUUACUUGUGUGGAUCAUAUCUGGUGUCUUUAGUAUGGUAGGCGCCUAUUGCUACGCAGAGUUGGGCACGAUGAUCCGGCUGAGUGGUGCUGACUACGCAUAUAUCAUGGAGACGUUUGGUCCAUUCGCAGCGUUCGUCCGUCUGUGGAUCGAGUGUAUGAUCGUCCGACCGUGUUCACAGGCGAUAGUAGCGCUGACGUUCAGUGUGUACGUACUGAAGCCAAUAUUCUCAGAAUGCGACCCUCCCCAGGAGGCCACCAGGCUGCUCGCUGCUUGCUGUAUAUUGCUGCUAACAUUCGUCAACUGCUGGUCGGUACGGGCCGCGACCCGCGUGCAGGACUGGUUCACGUACGCCAAACUACUCGCUCUGUUCAUCAUAAUUGCCGCUGGGAUAUAUCAACUUUGUCUAGGACACGUGGAAAACUUUACAUUCGAGGGAACUACUGACGAUGUCACAUCUAUCGCUCUGUCAUUCUACUCUGGUCUCUUCGCUUAUAACGGAUGGAACUACCUGAACUUCAUCAUAGAGGAACUGAAGGACCCAGUGAGGAACCUGCCCCGCGCGAUCGCGAUAUCUUGUACGCUGGUGACUAUCGUAUAUACCUUCACUAACGUCGCCUUUUACACGACUCUGUCGCCGACUGAGGUGUUGAAUUCAGCUGCAGUGGCUGUAACGUUCGCUGAGCGACUGUUCGGUUGGUUCGCACUUGCUAUACCACUGUUCGUGGCUGCGUCUACGUUUGGGGCUGUUAACGGUGUGCUGCUUACGUCUUCCAGGUUGUUCUACGCGGGCGCGGCGCAGGGGCAGAUGCCGGGGCUGCUGACGAUGGUGUCGGCGCGCGCCACGCCCGCGCCCGCCGUGCUGGCCGUCGCGCUGCUCUCGCUGCUCUACCUCGCCGUCUCCGACAUACAGGCGCUCAUCAACUACGUCGGCUUCGCCACUUGGCUAAGUAUCGGAGCGGCCGUGCUGUGCCUGCCGGUGCUGCGCUACACACAACCCAACUUGGAACGACCCAUUAAGGUCAACUUGUUCUUCCCAGUGUUGUACAUAAUAUGCACGAUACUGGUGGUCGCGGUGCCGGCGGUGGCGUCGCCCGCCGAGACCGGCGUGGGCUGCCUCAUGAUACUCACCGCCGUGCCCGUGUACCUGCUGCUGCUGGAUCCUAGGACCAGAUUCAAUGGGCUGGGGUACCUUACUGAAGCCGCCACUUGCUUAAUGCAAAAAUUAACUCUCUCAGUACGACCAAAGAUUAAGUAAUCGACCAAAGCUGGCAUAUCUGGACAUUGCACACAUCUGAAUAUAUAUAUGUUUCAAGCAAAUUAUUUAAGAUAUUAAAAUUAGACUUAUCGAUAGAUCUGUGUACAUCACUAGUUGACAAAAAAAUACUUGCAAUAGUGUGGUACUGGCGUUAUUUUAAUAUUUACAUUUAUAUUUUAAACACCUGAUAAUUUUUUUUUAAUUAUUUUCCGCACGUUUGAAUAAUUUUCAGUGUACUCUUAUACGUACGCAUACGCAUAGAAAUUAAAAUUGUUUUUGUAAUAAUCGCUCAAUUAAGGGAACAAGAUUGCCAGUGUACCCAAACGUCAUCAAAAAUUAAAUAAGUAAUUAUUUUUUCCAUUUAUAUAAAAAAACGUGUUCUAAUGUUGUACAAAAAAUCGCUAUCUAACGUUUUAAGCUGACAGAAAUAUUGUUACUAAAGACGGAAUUUCUCAGAAAAAAUGAAAUGUGUCUUGCCAGUAUCCAUAAAACAAUAGCAGAUAAUGCAAGUUUUAGAGUUAUGUGGAUUUUUUUUGUAUGAAUACUAAAAGGAUGGAGUGUGUGGUGUAUAGUUUAAGUGUUAAAUGUUAUGAAUGAUACAAUAUGUACUCUUUAAUUUCCCAAAAAAAAUUGUGGACAUUCGUGGGGAUAGUACGAAAUUUGACAGAAACACCGAGAGAAAUAAAAAAAAA